GUGCUUCAACGCGAUUAUAUAUAAGCAUCGUUUUCUCGAUAUUUGCUCUCAAACGUUGUUUAAAAGCCAUCGACGAAAGACGUGCCGAAAUAAGGAAACAUAUCGUAAUUAUAUUAAUCAACAAGAGAAGAGAUCAGAAGGUCUCUACAAUCUGCAAUUAUGCAAUUUUUAUCAAUACUGUAUACGAUUACGAUAUUGGCAUGGAGUACCGCAGAAUUUCUUAACGAUUCUCCCGCACACUUAGAAACUCAUAUUAGAUCGAACAAUGUUAAAGGAGGAACACGAUCAUUAAUAAGAUAUUUCAACGAUGAAGCUAAUUUCAAAAGACCUUAUAUAGAUCGUCGAACUGGAUUCGAUGGAAAAGUUCGAAAUAUCAAUAUCGGAUCGAACAAGAAUAUAUCAGGUAUUAGAGCUUAUGGUUUGCCGAAGAAGGAUUUAGAAGAUAAUGGUUUGAUCGAGAGAAUUAAUGUUGCCGAUUCCGAAAGAGGCGACGAACGUUCACGAAAUUCUCGCAUUGUGGAAGCAUAUGGUAUGCCUAAAAAGCAAUUGGAUGACAAUGGUAAAAUCGAAAUAAUGCCACCUUUGGCCAUAUUAAAGAACGAUGAACAUAAUGUGGAUUCAUUGAGAAGAGUUUCAAGAUCGAUUUCUGAGGAACGUAAGGACGAAUUGAAAGAUCUCGAGACCCAAGAUGCGAAAGUGUUCAGACCAUUAUUUGUCUAUAGACAACAAGUAGCGAGAAGGCAAAAGUCGAACGAACGAAAGUUCUAUGGUACACCACCACCGCACAGAUAUAGGUCGUGGGAAUAUCGAUAUCCUGUCUACUGAUUUGAUUACAUCGAACAAAAAAUGAAUUUUUUAUGAACAUGACAAAUGCAUGCAUACAUUUUGAUCGAAGAAAUCGAACGAAUUGCAAACAAAUUCUACCAAAUAUUAGAUACCUGAACUAGUUUUAUAAGGUAAUAAGAUUUAUUUUAAUAUAGUUUAGUAAAGAAAAA